AAACGUGAGUGAUGCCAAACAAACCCUUAUAGUUUUUUGUGGUGUUACAAUAUUUUUUUUUUUUAUUUUUUGUUUUUGAAUCCAAAGUUUUUUUUUUAUUUUGUAGUGGUAUAAUCAAAAUUUGGUUUUUUUACGGUGUAAUUUUAUAAUUUUUCCAAAAGUGAUAAAACUUCACACAUAAACACAUUCUUUAAAAAAAAAAAAAAAAACAAAAAAAUAAAAAGCACAACCUGAACAACAAAACAGAAAGAGAGGAACACACACAAAAAUAACAGAAAGAGAGGAAAAAAAGAAGGGGAGAGACGGAGACGAAGACGAAGAGUCUAUAACGGCAGAAGCUACUGCUGUAUUCGACCACCACAAUCACACGGCCAACCCCACACAAUCACACGGCCUUACCUUAUUUCAAUUCGGAUGCGCACGGGCGAAUCUACGGUGGCGAAGCCGAAAGUAGAAAUUGAAGAUCAAUGAGGGGCGAAGACGCGACAACGAAGACGAAGACGAGAAAGAGUUUGAGUUUAUCUUUCUUCGAUGGUGGUUGUAGUCAUAUUGUUAUUAGAUGGCUGGCUUGCAAAUGAGUUGGCAGCCAAGUCUUGUUCACGAAAAACGCAAAAAUGGCGGCCCUUUAGGGUUGAAGAAUCUCGGCAAUUCCUGUUACCUUAAUUCUGUUCUUCAGUGUCUUACUUAUACCCCUCCUCUUGCCAAUUUUUGCCUCAAGAAUCAACAUUCUUCUCAUUGUGAUUCUUCAUCUGAGCCUGAUAGAAAACGAGACUGCCCGUUCUGUAUAUUAGAGAAAAGGAUUGUUCGGUCAUUGAGCCUUGAUUUAGCACUUGACGCACCAUCAAAGAUUGUGAGCUGCCUCAGGUUGUUUGCAGAGCACUUUAAGUGUGGUAGGCAGGAAGAUGCUCAUGAGUUCCUCCGCUAUGUCAUUGAUGCUUGCCACAACACGUGCCUUCGCUUGAAGAAAUUGCAACAGCAGCGUGCUAGGAAAGUUUCCAAUGGAAGCGGAGGAGAGAGUUUUGUUGGGGCUUCCAUUGUGAAGGAGAUAUUUGGGGGUUCUCUGCAAAGUCAGGUGAAAUGCCUUUCUUGUGGAACUGAGUCAAAUAAGGUCGAUGAGAUCAUGGAUAUUUGCCUUGAAAUAUCCAACUGCAGUUCACUUAAAGAUGCCAUGAAAAGAUUUUUUCAGGCUGAAAUUUUAGAUGGUAAUAAUAAAUACAAAUGUGAGAGAUGCAAGAAACUAGUGGCUGCUAAGAAACAAAUGUCCAUUCUUCAAGCACCAAAUGUACUUGUAGUCCAGCUUAAGAGAUUUGAGGGAAUUUUUGGCGGAAAGAUAGAUAGGGUGAUUGCAUUUGAAGAAAUUUUGGUUCUUUCAAGCUUCAUGUGCAAAGCAAGUCAGGAUCCUCAGCCUGAGUAUAGUCUUUUUGCUACCAUUGUGCAUUCAGGAUUUUCACCUGAGUCUGGACAUUAUUAUUCAUACAUUAAGGAUGUUAUGGGUCGUUGGUAUUGCUGCAAUGAUUCUUAUGUGACAUUAUCAACUUUGCAAGAAGUACUUUCUGAGAAAGCUUAUAUUCUUUUUUUCACCCGGAAUGGCCAGAGACCUGUUGCUGUUGAUAAUACUGCUAUGUUGAAUGGAGUGAAGCCUUAUGGGAUUAAUGGCAGCAACAUGCCUGAAUCUCCGAGGAGCUCUAUUCCUGCAAAAGCAAUGAACAUGAAAUCAUCUAAUGCACCUUCCCUCGUUAAAAGAUUUCCGUUUGCUAGUAAGAGUGUUGAUGCUUCUGCUAUUCUACAAAAUAAAUUAAGUGGCAUCACAAAUUCACUUGCUAAAAGAGUUUCUGGUCGUGAUAAUGGGACAGUUGAUGUUCAGAAAAAAGAAGCUAUGAGAAGUAAUGGAAAACCAAAUCAUUCUGUUUGUAAGCAGAUGAAUGGAAACAAUGUGCAUUCAAUGCAAGAUAACAAUGGAAAGUGUAGAAAUGGUGAACAUAAUGCCGUUGCAAGUAGCCAGGUUUUGAUAAAUGGUGAUACUCAUCUCAAGAAUGGGAAUCUUGGUCCUGUAAAAGGAAGUCUUUGUGAAGACAAUGGCUUAAAAAACAAAGAGACUACCAAGAAGGUGAUUGAUAAUGGCGUCAUCCAUAAUGGUCAAAGAAAUGAGCGCAGUGAUCUCUCUGGCCCGAGAAAUCUGGAAAACGGAGAGAAUGCAGGGAAGAUGUUCGACAAUGGUGCCUGUCAUAAUGGUCAGAGUUAUAAUUCCUUAGGCUACAAGAGAAAUUUGGAAGACAGGGACUCAUGCAUUUUGUUAGCCAAGGAUGCCAAAUCGCGGGCUAAAGUUGAAGAAUUUAAGGAACUUCUUCAAAAGGAGGCUACAUUUGCUCUGCAAACAUGUGGCUGGUCUGAUAAGGUUUAUGAAUACAUGAGAUCAAAGAAGAGGGUGUGUGUGGAUGCUUGCAGCUCAACAGAUAACAAAGAGCCAAAGAACAUGUUAAUUGCUGAUGCCAGAUCUACGUUUAUUUCACAAAUUCCUGGAUCUUUGAAAGGAAGCCUUAUCGAACACAUUAGAUCAUUCAGCAGCCAGAAGUAGUUCAUAGUUAUUAUUCUCGAAUCGCUUGGCAGAAGAAGGUAUCUGGCACUUUCAGAAUUUCAUUAGCAGACUCCACUUUAAUUUGGAAUGGGUUGUAAACUUAAUUGUAAUAUUCGGGGAGGCUUACUAUGCGGCCUCCCCCGUAUACAUUUUAUACAGUUGCCGGUGGAUGCAUAUCAAGUAGACGACUAUUUUCUGCCUAUUCUGCUGCUGAAAGUGAUUGCUACCAGUCAGAUGGUAACGUUUCAGGGUUAGGCUUUGAUGUACAAAUCUUGAGGUAGGUUUUGCAGUUGUUUGAUGGAGAUACUCAGAAAUUGAUGUAUUCAGCUACAUUUAUAAUAUCCUUUUUGUUCUAAACUUAUCCCAUUUUAUGGAUGUGCAACAAUUUUUAUCUGUAAAAUGUGGCCGGAGAGAUGAAAUUAUACCCCAGAUUUGAGGUUCUGUAUUAUUCUGCUCUGUGCAAGAGUUGCAUUCA